CGCAGGGCGAGAGGAGCGUCACGAUGAAUAGAUCGUUCUCGCUGCUCCAAAUGUCGCUUUGACAGUUGACGGGUUGUAGAAUUCCCAGUGACACCGGAUGAGGUGCUCUAGAAUUACGUGCUACAGUUAUCAAACAGACGCCAGCCUCGAGAAUCGAUAGGCGGGUCUGAGAAUUAAAAAAAAACAAUCAUCAAGACUCAGGGAUGAAUAAAGAGUCGUAGAAAGUAAAUACAAGGGAGGGAAAAAUGUUGGUUACGAGGUGCAUUUGUGUCGGGAAGUCACUCGAGUCCCUUCUCGAAACUAUGCGCUAUUUCUGGAUUACGACGGGUGCAUCAGGUCGCUAUUUUGUAUAGAUAAAAUAAUGAGAAUCAACGCGACGAAGAUGAGUACUCCGAUCGAGGAGAAGAUUGAUCAGAAACUCAAGGUCCGGACGGGCAUGGUUACUGUCAGCGAUGGCAAGAGCAAACCGGUACCCAUGCGAUUGCAUUUGUCGAUGGAAGUGCUCAAGCUACAGCGGGAAGAUUUAGAGCAGGCAGCGAAUCACAACAAGCCGCCGCUGGACGCUAAAGAGCGAAUGGUGCAGAUAACACGUCAAAAAGUUGGUGGACUUGGUCUGAGUAUCAAGGGCGGUGCUGAGCACAAACUGCCAGUGCUCAUAUCACGAAUAUACAAGAGUCAAGCGGCAGACCAGUGCGGUCAAUUGUUUGUUGGAGAUGCAAUUAUCAAAGUAAAUGGUGAAUACAUAACAGCCUGCAAUCACGACGACGCUGUAAAUAUCCUCCGUAACGCCGGCGACAUCGUAGUUCUGACAGUGAAGCAUUACCGUGCAGCAAAGCCAUUUCUCCAAAAGAACGAAAAAGAGGAGAAAUUGGAUAACGCAGCGAACGGUGAUGACGAGGAGGAGUGGGUGUCCCCCAAUAGACGAUCUGGCAGUCCUCAGAGUGGACACAGUAGACAUGGAUCGAACACGUCCUCAUCGUCGACCCACUUGAAGAAAUGGGUCGACGUCAUCACAGUACCUUUAAUGAUGGCUUAUGUCACAAGAUACAUAUUUGGGACUGACAAGCUGAGGAGAAAUGCAUUUGAAGUGAGGGGACUCAAUGGGGCGAGAACGGGGGUUAUUCACUGCGAUGAUAGUGCUAUACUCAGUCAGUGGCUCAAGUACAUCACUGACAACAUCACAGGGCUUACGCAUUUGCAGAUGAAACUCUACAAUCGUAAUUUCGGGGUCGGCGAACGCAUAGAGUACAUGGGAUGGGUGAACGAGGCAGUUAGCAACAGUAACCAGCCCUGGCAGAGUUACAGACCGAGAUUUCUCGCUCUCAAGGGCCCCGAUCUCCUGCUCUUCGAAACACCACCUUGCAAUAUUGGAGAUUGGUCUCGUUGUGCACUUACGUUUAAAGUUUACCAGACGAUGUUUCGAGUGAUGAGAGAGUCGGAGAAUGUCGACGAGAGACAGCAUUGCUUUUUAGCACAGAGUCCUGGAAAACCACCGCGUUACUUGAGUGUGGAAACGAGGCAGGAACUGUUGAGAGUCGAGGCUGCAUGGCACACGGCUGUUUGCUCUGCUGUUACACAUUUGAAGAGCAAAACUUUCCCAGUAACUUUCAGCGGAAGAACCGCGGGGCUGACACUUGAAUGGACCCAAGGAUUUACGUUAUCCUACGAGGGCCUCGGCGAAGUAGCCUGGAGAUACAAAUUUUCACAGUUACGUGGAUCAAGUGACGACGGUAAGAGCAGGUUAAAACUGCACUUUCAAGAGUUGGACAGUAUAGCUAUAGAGACGAAGGAAUUGGAAUGCUCCCAACUGCAAAACCUACUGUUUUGCAUGCACGCUUUCCUCACAGCCAAAGUCGCCGCUGUCGAUCCAACAUUCUUGACAUCAACCACUCCAUAGGAGCAUUGAGAGAAUAAUUGUGCUGAUUAGGUGACAAUUAGACGAAAAAAAAUACUCGAGAAUUGGGCAAAAUAAUUUAUGAAAAUCUCCUGCAGAGAAACAUUCGCUGAAAUCAUUCUUUGAAAUUCUAUUGACAGAAUUGUAAUAGAGAAUGCACUAACUCUAGUCUGAAUAAUGAGAUUUUUGCUAGAAUUAUUGCUUUCUCAAAAUUAAAAUUGUUUCAAAAGUAA